AUGGCAAGCUUAUCAACCAUCGCAGUUUCCCUCCGCAACAAGGCACUCAUCACUCCUAGAGCUCUUGCUUCCGUCCCGACAAGACUCGUCCAUGGGAGUACGAGGAAAGAAGCUUCCGUCUGUGACAAAGCCACCGAGGCUCAACAAAAGGUGGCCAAGAAGGCGGACGAAGGAGCACAGACGAUCUCCGACGCGGCCGGUAACUUGAAGGAUAAGGUGAAGAACACUGCAGAGGAGACAUGGGAUAAGGUGAAGGACACUACGGAGAAGAUCAAAGAUACCGUCACGGGAAAAUCCGAGGAAACCAAGGAGUCCAUUAAAGCCACGGCCAAGACCGUCGAGAAAAGCAUGAACACCAAGAACCCCAAAUAA